AUGCGCAUCGGCGGGCAGCUCGAGCAUUCGCCGCUGACCUACAAGGAGCGGCACCCACCGAUCCUCAGCGGCGCCUCUUCUCUCACUUCCAUGGUCAUUGCCUGGGCGCACUCUCGAGCGCUGCACGGUGGAUACCGUGUCAGCAGUGCCUACGUCUGUAAGCGCGCUUGGCUCCUCGGUGGGCCCCGGCGGAUCAAGGCUCACCUCCGCAGGUGCGUCAUCUGCAUCCGGCUGCGAGCGCGACCGGUGACUCAACUCAUGGCUCCACUGCCGUUGUCCCGAAUCUCCCCUUCUCGUGCCUUUGCCUGCACCGGAGUGGACUACGCCGGCCCUUUCCAUGUACUCUCCGCCAGAGGACGAGGAGUCCAGACCACAAAAGGCUACAUCGCCGUUUUUGUGUGCCUCGCCACCAAGGCCCUGCACCUGGAGCUGGUCGGCGAUUUCUCAGCUGCGUCCUUCUUGGGCGCCCUUCACCGAUUUGCUGGACGCCGCGGUCAGCCCGGCGAGAUAUGGAGCGACAACGCGACUUGCUUCCGCCGCGCUGAUGUCGAGCUGCGCGAUGCCUUGCUGACAGCCGAGCUGGACUGGGGAUUGAUCGCGGGCUCUCUCGCCGAUCAAGGAAUUGCUUGGAAGUUUAUUCCACCGGGUGCUCCUCACUUCGGUGGCUUGUAG